CCCUAUUUUUAAAUUCGAUAAUCAAACUCAUGAUUCACGUGAAUGGUUCAGCUAAAAAAUAUAGUUUCAGUCUACAAAUCAAACAACUAAAACGCCAUCGUUUGAAGCUACUCUUUACAAUCAUGGCAUUCUCCCGGACAAAUCUCAUCACUUGGUUUCUUGUUGUCUUCAUCCCUUCUAUAGCUUCAAUUAACUUUAAUUUUACAAAUAUCAAUCCGUCAUAUCAGAAUCGGGACAUAGUUUCAGAAGGUGAAGGGUCAUACAUCUCCAACGAGGGAAUCCAGGUGACCCCAAAUGAGAUUGGUUCUGUCCAGACAACUAGAGCUGGACGGGCGACGUACAUCAGUCCUCUUCAUCUUUGGGACAACAGAUCUGGUGAGCUAGCAAGCUUCUCCACCAAUUUCACAUUUGUGAUUGAUUCAAUGGGGAGCACAAAUUACGGUGAUGGUCUCACAUUCUUUCUAGUUCAGAAUAAUACUGUGAUAACCACAGGUGGAUCCAUGGGGCUUCCUGUCAACGCCACAACCCAUGAGGCGAUUAGCCAGUUUGUUGCUGUGGAGUUCGAUACUUAUCCGAAUGCUUGGGACCCAAAAAUAGCCGGUAGCAAUGUUUCCAUAGGUCCUCAUGUGGGUAUCAGUGUUAGCUCUCUUAUUUCUGUCAGGUCUGAGGAAUGGUCAAGUAAUGUAACUGGUGGGAGUGUGUGUCAAGCUUGGAUUACGUAUGAUUCAGUUUCUAAUAAUCUUAGUGUUUCCUUCACUGGUUUUCAGAACAAUAGAGUCGUGCGUCAAGACGGACUGGUUUACAUGGUUGACCUACGGAAAAAGUUACCCGAAUGGGUUAUAUUCGGGUUUUCAGCAGCAACUGGACUUUCAUUCCAAAAAAAUAACGUUAGAUCUUGGGCCUUUAAUAGUUCGGAUUUGCAGGUUGAUAAAAACAACAGGAUACCACCAGGCCAAGGGCCAAAUCCUGGCCAAAAGAAAAACAACAAGGUGAAAAUAAUUAUAAUGGGAUUAUCAGUUACAGUUGUUUUUCUUUCAAUGCUUGCAUUUGUUUUGUGGAGGCGGCAAAAGAAAUUGAGAGAAGAUGACGCAGAAGAAGAUUCCUUAGAUGUUGAGAUGAACAGUGAAUUUGAAAUGGGCACUGGGCCUAAAAGAUUUUCGUACUAUGAAUUGUCUCAUUCGACUGGUGAUUUUGCAGAGACAGAGAAGCUUGGAGAGGGAGGUUUCGGCGGAGUUUACAAAGGUUUCUUGAAGGACACGAGCACAUAUAUUGCAGUGAAAAAAGUUUCAAAGAGUUCCCAACAAGGGAUGAAGGAGUAUGCAUCGGAGGUGAAGAUCAUUAGCCGAUUGAGGCAUAGAAAUCUCGUGAAACUCAUUGGUUGGUGUCACCAAAAAGGUGACUUUCUGCUUGUUUACGAAUAUAUGGAAAAUGGAAGCUUAGAUUCACAUCUUUUCAAAGGGAAGAGCUUAUUGACAUGGGAAACUAGGUACAAAAUUGUACAAGGUUUGGCAUCUGCUUUGUUGUAUCUACAUGAGGAAUGGGAGCAAUGUGUUUUGCAUAGAGAUAUUAAAUCAAGUAACGUGAUGUUGGAUUUGAGUUUCAAUGCGAAGCUUGGUGACUUCGGGUUAGCUAAGUUGGUUGACCACGAGAAAGGCUCACAGACAACGAUGUUGGCCGGAACCUUGGGUUAUAUGGCUCCUGAAUGCGUAAUCACUGGCAAAGCAUCUAAGGAGUCGGAUGUUUUUAGCUUCGGAGUUGUUGCAUUGGAAAUAGCUUGUGGGCGAAAACCAAUGGAGUUCAAGGCUCCAGAAAAGCAAGUACGGUUAAUAGAAUGGGUUUGGGAGCUGUACGGGACUGGGCUUCUUCUAGAAGCAGCUGAUCCGAGUCUAGAGUCAGAUUUUAAGGAAGAAGAAAUAAAGCGUUUAAUGAUUGUUGGGUUAUGGUGUGUACACCCAGACUCAUAUUUUCGCCCAUCGAUGAGACAAGCCAUUAAAGUACUGAAUUGUGAAGCUUCCCUGCCUUUGCUACCCUUAAAGAUGCCGGUGGCAUCUUAUUUGACACCUUCAGUUUCAUCACUAUAUGAUAUGGCCUCCAUUGCUCAAUACCAUUCAUCAAGUAGCAACUCUAACACCGAAUCAUCAACUCAAACAACUUCGUCCACAAAUUCUUCUUCUUCCCCAUCUACAUCAUUGUUACAUUCGAUGCAAUGAAAGGUUGAAUAUGUCAAUUAUGGAAGAAGAAGAAGAAGAAGAAAAAGAAGAAAGGCUAAAGGUAUGUCAUACUGAAGUAAAGGGCUGGUCUAUUUGUGAGUCAAAGAUAGGGAGCCUGAUGUGAUAUGCUCUCGCUAGAUAUACAUAUGUGUGUGAAGCAGUGAAGCUACUUUGUCAAAAACACUCAUUUUAUAAAUCUUUAAUAAGUGUGUUGGUCUUCGCUAGAUUUUGUGAUAAAAGCUUACUGUAUUGUAAGAUGUUGGUGAGUCCAUUUGUUUCUAUAGAUCUUUGUAUGUGAUUCAUAAUGGUGAAACAUUCUUUGUUUUAGUAUUUACGAUAAUGUAUUAUGGAAGACUGACUGAAGGCUGUGGUAAUAAAUAUAAAUCUAUAAGUUUGUGUUAA